CGUCGCCGGGACGCUCGUUCUGACCCGGAGAGGCUCGCGGGCCGGGGCCAGAGGUCUGAACUUCCCUCAGAGCCGCCGCGGCCGGAGGAAUCGCUUCGCGGCGGACGGCCACUUCAGGCCGAGGGGCGCGGGAAGGAGGCAAAACCGCCUUCCUCUGCCGUGAGCCCUGGAUUGCUAGGUGCCAGUGACCCAGUCCGGGGGGUACCGAGAACUCAGCAACAUGGCUUCCCCGCCCCACCAGCAGCUGCUGCAUCACCACAGCACCGAGGUGAGCUGCGACUCCAGCGGAGACAGCAACAGCGUGCGGGUCAAAAUCAACCCCAAGCAGCUCUCAUCUGGAAGCCACCCCAAGCACUGCAAGUACAGCAUCUCCUCCAGCUGCAGCAGUUCGGGGGACUCCGGGGGCGCGCCCCGGAGGGUGGGCGUCGGGGGCCGCCUGCGCCGGCAGAAGAAGCUGCCGCAGCUGUUCGAGAGAGCCUCCAGCCGCUGGUGGGACCCCAAAUUCGACUCGGUGAACCUGGAGGAGGCGUGCAUGGAGCGCUGCUUCCCGCAAACCCGGCGCCGCUUCCGCUAUGCGCUCUUCUACAUCGGCUUCGCCUGCUUGCUCUGGAGUGUCUACUUUGCGGUCCACAUGCAAUCCAGACUGGUGGUCUUGGUAGGCCCUGCUCUGUGCUUCCUGGUGGUGUGCGUGGGCUUAUUUCUUUUUACCUUCACCAGGCUGUACGCCCGGCACUACGUGUGCACCGCGCUGGUGCUCACUCUCUUGGUGUUCAUCCUCACUCUGGCCUUGCAGUUUCAGGUUUUGACGCCUCUCUCAGGACGCGCUGACAGCUCCAAUCACACACCCACAGUCAGCCCCCACUCCACCUGCUUGUCUCAAGUGGGGAGCUUCUCCAUGUGCAUCGAAGUGCUCCUUUUGCUGUACACUGUCAUGCACUUACCUUUGUAUUUGAGCCUGUUCCUGGGAGUGGCCUAUUCUAUUCUCUUUGAGACCUUUGGCCACCAUUUCCGAGAUGCAGACUGCUUCCCUCCGGUGUGGGGAGCCCUGCACUGGGAGCUGCUGAGCAGGGCCUUGCUCCACCUCUGCAUUCACGCCAUCGGGGUCCACCUGCUCAUCAUGUCCCAGGUGAGGUCCAGGAGCACUUUCCUCAAGGUGGGGCAGUCCAUUAUGCACGGGAAGGAUCUGGAAGUAGAAAAAGCCCUCAAAGAGAGAAUGAUCCACUCUGUGAUGCCCAGAAUCAUCGCUGAUGACUUAAUGAAACAGGGUGAUGAUGACAGUGAGAAUUCUGUCAAAAGGCACCCCACCUCGAGCCCCAAGAACAAGAAGAAGAAAUUUUCUAUACAGAAAGCGCCUAUAGCCUUCCGCCCUUUUAAAAUGCAGCAGAUCGAAGAGGUCAGCAUUUUGUUUGCAGACAUUGUGGGCUUCACCAAGAUGAGUGCCAACAAGUCCGCGCAUGCCCUGGUAGGGCUUCUCAAUGAUCUGUUUGGUCGCUUCGACCGCCUGUGUGAGGAGACCAAGUGUGAGAAGAUCAGCACGUUGGGUGACUGUUACUAUUGUGUGGCAGGUUGUCCCGAGCCCCGGGCAGACCAUGCCUACUGCUGCAUCGAAAUGGGCUUGGGCAUGAUCAAAGCCAUCGAGCAGUUCUGCCAGGAGAAGAAAGAGAUGGUGAACAUGCGUGUCGGGGUCCACACGGGCACCGUUUUGUGUGGCAUCUUGGGCAUGCGGAGGUUUAAAUUCGACGUGUGGUCCAAUGAUGUGAAUUUGGCCAACCUCAUGGAGCAGCUGGGAGUGGCUGGCAAGGUCCACAUUUCCGAGUCCACUGCAAAAUACUUAGAUGAUCGGUACGAAAUGGAAGACGGGAAGGUGUUUGAGCGCCUGGGCCAGAGUGUGGUGGCUGACCAGUUGAAAGGUCUGAAGACAUACCUGAUAUCGGGUCAGAGAGCGAAGGAGUCUCAUUGCAGCUGUUCAGAGGCCUUGCUUUCUGGCCUCAAGGUCAUUGGCGGCUCCCAGGGGUCUUCAGGCCCUAGGUUACAGGGGACAGCAUCACCAGGGAGUGUCAGUGACUUGGCACAGACUGUCAAAACCUUUGAUAACCUUAAGACCUGCCUUUCAUGUGGAAUUACGUUUGCUCCAAAAUCUGAAGCUGGUGCAGAAGGAGGAGCAGUCCAAAAUGGCUGUCAAGACGAGCAUAAAAACAGCAGCAAGGCUUCUGGAGGACCUAAUUCCAAAGCCCAGAAUGGACUUCUGAGCCCUCCACCAGAGGAGAAGCUUACCAACAGUCAGACCUCCCUGUGUGAGAUCCUACAGGAAAAGGGAAGGUGGGCAGGGGUGAGCUUGGACCAAUCUGCCCUCCUUCCGUUGAGAUUCAAGAAUAUCCGGGAGAAAACAGAUGCCCAUUUUGUUGAUGUUAUUAAAGAAGAUAGCCUGAUGAAAGAUUAUUUUUUUAAACCACCCAUUAAUCAGUUCAGCUUGAACUUCUUGGACCAGGAGCUAGAGCGAACCUACAGGACCAGCUACCAAGAAGAGGUCAUAAAGAAUUCUCCCGUGAAGACUUUUGCCAGUGCCACCUUCAGUUCCCUUCUGGAUGUGUUUCUGUCAACAACUGUGUUUCUAGUCCUCUCCGUCACCUGCUUCCUGAAGUACAGGGCCACCGCCUUGUCCCCACCGCCUGCUGCCCUGGCCAUCUUUGGUGUGGCCCUGGUGCUGGAGGUGCUCUCCCUCGUUGUCUCUGUCAGGAUGGUGUUCUUCCUGGAAGAUGUCAUGUUGUGUACCAAGCGCCUGCUGGAGUGGAUCGCCGGCUGGCUUCCUCGUCACUUCAUCGGAGCAAUCCUGGUGUCACUCCCUGCCCUUGCCGUCUAUUCCCAUGUCACCUCUGAGUUUGAGACAAACAUUCAUUUUACCACGUUCGUGUGCUCAGCCAUCCUCAUCGCUGUCGUGCAGUACUGCAACUUCUGCCAGCUCAGCUCCUGGAUGCGGUCCUCGCUGGCCACCAUUGUUGGGGCUGGGCCCCUGCUCCUGCUUUAUAUCUCCCUGUGUCCAGACAGUUCCAUAAUAAUUGCACACCUUGAUGCAGUACAGAAUUUCAGUUCCCAGGGGAGUCCCUGCAGUGGCUCACUGCCACAUGACAGCAGGAAGCCAGCCAGUCUGAUUGGCCAGGAGGUGGUUCUCGUCUUCUUUCUUCUGCUCCUCCUGGUCUGGUUCCUGAACCGAGAGUUCGAAGUCAGCUACCGCUUACACUACCAUGGCGACGUGGAAGCGGACCUUCACCGCACCAAGAUCCAGAGCAUGCGAGACCAGGCUGACUGGCUGCUGAGAAACAUCAUUCCUUACCAUGUGGCCGAGCAGCUCAAGGUGUCUCAGACCUAUUCCAAGAACCAUGACAGUGGAGGGGUCAUCUUCGCCAGCAUCGUCAACUUCAGCGAAUUCUACGAGGAGAACUACGAGGGGGGCAAGGAGUGCUACCGGGUCCUCAACGAACUCAUUGGGGACUUUGACGAGCUCCUAAGCAAGCCGGACUACAGCAGCAUUGAGAAGAUCAAGACCAUUGGGGCGACCUACAUGGCUGCCUCGGGGCUGAACACGGCUCAGUGCCAGGAUAGCAGCCACCCGCAGGAACACCUGCAGAUCCUGUUCGAGUUUGCCAAGGAGAUGAUGCGUGUGGUGGAUGACUUCAAUAACAACAUGUUGUGGUUCAACUUCAAACUCCGUGUCGGCUUCAACCAUGGGCCCCUGACUGCAGGGGUCAUCGGCACCACAAAGCUGCUGUACGAUAUCUGGGGGGACACGGUCAACAUUGCCAGCAGGAUGGAUACCACUGGGGUAGAAUGCCGCAUUCAGGUGAGUGAAGAGAGCUACCGGGUCCUGAGCAAGAUGGGCUAUGACUUUGACUACAGAGGGACAGUGAAUGUCAAGGGGAAAGGUCAAAUGAAGACCUACCUCUACCCCAAGUGUAUAGACAACGGGAUCGUGCCUCAACACCAGCUGUCCAUCUCCCCGGACAUCCGGGUCCAGGUGGACGGGAGCAUCGGGCGGUCACCCACUGAUGAGAUCGCCAACCUGGUGCCUUCUGUACAGAAUUUGGACAGGGCGUCUCUGAGUUCCGAUAGCAGCACACAGGCCAAGGAUGUCCACCUGUCUUCUAAGAGGCCCUGGAGGGAGCCUGUCAGAGCAGAAGAGAGUUGCCGCUUCAGCAAAGCCAUGGAGAAAAGCGACUGUGAGGAAGUAGGGCUGGAGGAAGCCAAUGAGCUCACCAAGCUCAAUGUCUCCGGGAGCUUGUGACGCAGCGCUGAAAAGCUGCCCGCGGUGCUCUGUUCGUCAAAACACAAUAAUAUUUGUAUUAGGCUAUUGCACCUAUCCAGGUGCCACAGUGCCACCCCUGGACGUGGUGUGCUGUCAUUUCAGCCCUGACUUCUGUGUGGAUGAUGAAUAUUCAGGGCUCACUCCCACCCAUUUCUUCCCACCUGCUCCAUUCCCGGGACGCCUCCCGCCUCUGUGUCACCCGCUCAGCAGUGUGGAAAAUAACAAGUGCCUUCAGGGGUUGGCCUUGGUCUCCAUGCCUAGGGACAGAGGCCGCUGGGUGAAAUCAUGGCUCUGGAUGUCACUGGACUUUGAAAACAGAGGUUGUGGUUAUCAUUUUUAUUUCUUUUUCUCACAAGACUUUUUUUUUUUUUUUUGGCUAAUACGAUGUUUCUGAGGUUUAUUGUUUUUUUUUCUGUAUACAUGAUAGCGUUCUACAUGACCUGACCUUUCUAUGUAAACACAUACACGCACACAUCUGCAUUUAUGAAACUGAUAUAAAGUGCCAGUAGUUUACUGAGAAGGGUGUGUCUGAGGGGCAUGUGAGCUGAGGAAAGCAUUCAGCAGUCGGCAGAGAGGGCCCCACACGAAGCCAGAGAGCUCUUCAGAGAGCAACCCUCGAGUCCUUUCCUUGCAGGCUGUCUGUACUGCCUUCCCUAUGAUGAGUGGUUUUAGGAGCUCAUCUGCAUCCGGGCCAAGAUGUCAAAUGCUAACAGGUAACACUGUGUGUGAGCUGAGGCCUCAGGUUUUUUCAAAGCCAGCAUUCAUCCUGCCCCCUACCCCGAGGAAUCUUCCAGUUGGGAGUGAAGGUGGUUGUCUUCGAAGCUGCCGCAUCCAAGAGAGAAACUCAAAAUAAAUGUCCUAGGGUUACAUCUAUUUAUUUAUUUAUUUAUCAGGUGGUGUGUGUUGGGGGAUAGCAGGGGCCUUGGCGGAAGGAAGCAGGCUUUGUAGGGCCGGGGAUGGGCUGAGCAGAACCAGGAGGAGCUGUCUACUACUAGUUCAGCCACCUCAAGCCUCCCCUUGAGGGCAGGUGCUAGGUGGGAUUCCUAUCAAAGCUGAGGGGCCUUCCCAGACAUCAAAUGCACUUCGGGUGGGAAAAAUGCUCAGCCUCCCUUUUCCAAUGGAACACUACUGCUGCAGGGUCAGGAUUAGUCCCCUUAUGGAGGAAGCCUGGGCCAUGAGCUGAGCCUAAGAACAGGUAGACAGGGGUGGCGCUCUCUUCCUUUCCACCAAUUCCAACAGUGUUCUCGUGGUUUCCCAACUGCAGGCCGCAUGUGGCCUAUCUGUGGUAGGAUUCAUUCUUAUAAGCUGACUCCAGCCCCCUUCUGAUUGAGUUCUUACACUGUAUUUAGGGAGAGUCAUCUGUAUGCAGAUGAGGCGUGUUGCCUGGACGAAGUAUAGAAAACCAAGUAGCUUCACUUCUGUGCUGUUUCCAACUGGGUUUGUAAUUGCCACAAUGAGUCUGAAGUUUAUGGAGAACUGAGCUACAGUCUCCCUGUUGUGGUUGUAGUUUAAGGUGACACUGAUGCACAGCUCGGAAGGUAAUUAAUUUGAGGACGAGCGCCUUAUCUGUUGAGGUCUUCACCGUCUUGCCCAUGUGCAUUUUCUUUUCACUGUUAAAUCUUACUGUAGAGUUUUCACAGCUGCAUUAAGUCCCAGUAUUAUCCCUCCUCCCCAAAUGUUUACAGAAUCUGCAUAAAGAAGUAAUGGUUCUGCUCAGUCAGCUCGUCAAGGGAUGUGCAGGAGUGGCUUCGUGGCACCCGGAAUCUUGGCAUCCCCGGACCCAGAGCCCUCUCAGUCACUGAGUCUCUCCUUCAUGAGUCACUGCCAGUGUGUUGCUCUUCCAGUACCACAGAGGGGACGGCUGUGACAAUACCACGCUUCUAAAGAGUGUAUUCUUACGAAAUAUUGCACAACUUUUGUUUGUUUUUUUUUUCCUUAAGAAAUACUACCUGAUGCCCCCCUUGAAUGUAGGAAUUGUUGGCACUUCAGGAGUUUUCUUCCACAGUAUUAAGGGGUGUAUACAAGGGCUGUCAUUUCCCCUUACUCUCUGUUCUCCAGGCUCCAGAGCUAGAACGGCAUGUAAUGGGGCUGGGUGGUUGCCAACGAGCGAUACAGUCUUGGCUGUUUCACAAAGUGGACUGUACAGCAGCUCACCUCCUCACACGUCUUCCCUAUCAAACUGUCCUCCUUCACUGAGUGCAAAAGUGUUUGUGACUUCUGACCCCGCAAGACUGAGGAGCUAAUGCAUUAACAUCUGGCGGCCUAGUCUAGCUUUGCGUGAAUGCAGAUUUUAGAAUGGUCUUUACAAACCACCCUGAGCCUUCAGAAAUGGCUGGUACAAAUGCUCCCUUUGGGCCACAUGGCAACUCUGAUCCCCUAGGUCCCUGCCCUGAAGCAUACCUCAACACGGAGCAUAGACCAUCUGCAGUGGAGACGUCAUGCAUCCAGAUCUGUUGGCAUUGAACAAGUGGUUGCUGGAGACAGACAGGUUUCUAAGCAGUGGGCUCAAGUGCUAGCAACAAGAAGGAUGUGUCCUUCAGUGUGGCAAUACCUCUUACAAACUUAGGGCAAGAAGCAGUACUUCAGAAUUGAAUGUGUGUAAAUAGUUGCUCUGAGUUGCAAUUGCUAUUUUCCUCUUGGCCCUAGGUCAGAUCAAAUUGUAUAUAUUAAUACAUGAUAAACAAGCACACAUAAUUUUAUCCAAUGCAAACAAAUGUAAAGCAUCAGUUAUGAAACCCUUCAGAAGUUUGGAGAGUUCCCCAGGUGACACCCCACUGCGUAUGACCCUACUGAAGCCAACUUCCCUCAUACGUCACCCCUGCAGAUUUGCACUCAACGGAGAGCCAAAAGGUGGUGUGCUUCCCAUCAUGCAGGCUAGUAAUAGCUUGUAGUCUCCAAAGAUGCAUCUGUAUUUGAAUUUAUAGAUUUUCCAGGUAAGCAUUUUUUGAUUGGUGGUUUCAGAAAAAUCAUAUCCUGCCUAGAAUCUGAAAUUAAAUGAGCAAGAACAAACUGUUUGCCUUUUCUAUAUUUCAUUUGCUCUGCUCUUUUUAAAUUGUUAACUCUAAAUUUCAAAAUGCAUCCACUGAAGAAAUGGACAUUAAAAUAUUCAUAAAUCUAAUACUUGAUGCCUGGUAUUUCCUCAUUGAAGAGGGCAGUACUGCUAAUGUGUUCUGCACUUUGUGGCUGAAAUAGGAAGAUUUGCAUUUUCUUCACAUCAUGCCUUGGAAAACAGGUCAACUAAAAAAACCCUGUUCAUAUAUGCAUUUUUGUUUAUUUUAAUGGAAAUAUUUGCUGUAAAUUUUGGUUGAGAAGUAUUUAUUUUUACAUGGAAUUUUAAAAAAUAAAAAUCAGGUUGCAGGACAA